AUGGUUCAAGGCAAUGUUUUGGUGGUAUCCAACAGACUCCCUGUCACCAUCACCCGUAACAAGGAUGGAUCAUAUGAAUAUAAGAUGUCAUCCGGUGGUCUUGUAACCGCCCUUCAAGGACUUAAGAAAUCGACGUCUUUCCAGUGGUUUGGUUGGCCGGGGCUUGAAGUUCCUGAUGAUGAAAAAGCUAGAGUGAAGAAAGAUUUGAUGGACCAGUUCAAUUGUAUUCCGGUAUUUAUAAGCGAUGAGAUUGCCGACUUACACUAUAAUGGAUUUUCCAACUCGAUUCUUUGGCCAUUGUUCCACUACCAUCCGGGAGAAAUCAACUUUGACGAAACUGCGUGGUAUGCGUACAAUGAAGCCAACAAGUUGUUUGCUGAAGCGAUCUCUAAACACGUCAAGAAUGAUGACAUGGUAUGGGUUCAUGACUAUCACUUGAUGCUUCUUCCUGAGCUACUCAAGAGCAACAUCGAUGCUAAAGGUAUCACUAAUGUGAAAUUGGGAUUUUUCUUACACACUCCAUUCCCAUCAUCGGAAAUCUACCGUAUUUUGCCAGUACGUAAGGAAAUAUUGCAAGGGGUUUUAAGUUGUGAUUUGAUCGGAUUUCACACAUACGAUUACGCCCGUCAUUUCCUAUCGUCUGUCGGGAAAGUGUUGAAAUUGAAUACCUUGCCAAAUGGAGUGGAAUAUCAGAACCGGUUUGUCAGCGUCGGGGCCUAUCCUAUUGGUAUUGACGUUGAUAAAUUUACCACAGCUCUUAAGGAACCUAGUAUUCUACAAAGAAUCGCUCAGCUCAAGCAGAAAGUCGGCAAGGCUGAGGGAAACGAUAUUAAAGUGAUUGUUGGGGUCGACCGGUUAGACUAUAUCAAGGGGGUGCCCCAAAAGCUCCAUGCUUUCGAAGUUUUUCUCAAUACCUAUCCGGAAAUGGUUGGUAAGGUCAUUCUUAUUCAAUUAGCAAUUCCGUCUCGUGAAGAUGUAGAAGAGUAUCAAAAUUUGCGCGCUUCCGUCAACGAACUUGUCGGGAGAAUCAAUGGAAAAUUUGGGACCAUUGAUUUUGUACCAAUUCAUUAUAUGCAUCGUUCCAUUCCUUUUAACGAGUUGGUGGCCUUGUAUUAUAUUUCUGACGUGUGCUUAGUAUCGUCUACCCGUGAUGGUAUGAAUCUCGUUUCCUAUGAGUAUAUUGCUUGUCAAUGCGAUAACAAUGGGGUUUUGAUCUUGUCUGAAUUUGCUGGGGCCGCUCAGUCGUUGAAUGGGUCAAUAAUUGUUAACCCAUGGAAUAUUGAAGAGUUGAGUGAAGCUAUCUACGAAUCACUAACUUUGCCAGGCCCAAAGAAGAAGGCGAAUCAUGAUAAAUUGUUUGGUUACAUUUCAAAGUAUACCAGUGCGUACUGGGGAGAGAGUUUUGUUGGAGAAUUGUACAAGAUAUCAAAAAAGGAUCUUGAAAAGGAAAAGAGACUGAAGAGAAUUCAAUUGGAACUCUGA